AUGAAUGUCCUAAAAUGCUAUGACCCACUAUGCACUCAAAGAGCAGAAAUGCUCUGCAAAUGCACUGGUUUUGAGAUUUUCAUGUGCAAUUAUCACAUUAAUGAGCAUGUUUCUGCGUUUUUGGGAUGAAGUCAUAAUUUCAUACCAAUAGAAGCCUCCCAAAAGCAAAAUAAGACAAUGAUUGAUCUAUUCACUCCCCCCUCCCUCGUACGAACAAAACCAUUAUAAAAUCCCUAUUUUGGGUGAAAAAAAACUAUACUAAACAAACAAAAACUUUUUAUCAUGAAAUUUUUUUGAAAAAAUAUUUUGAUAUAUAAGUGAUAAUUAGUGCAAUUUAUUUUUAAACAGCUUGGAUUUUAAAAGUAUAAAAUUGCAAAUUAAAAUUAAUUUUUACAUCUCGAAUUGGGAUUUUUUAAUUUUCAGAAAAAAUCAACCCCUUUGUUCACUCAUAAAGGAAAGAGCAGAGUCAGUGAUAUAAAGCAACAAACUCAAAAAGUAAAGAAUGAAUCUUUAGAAAUUUUUUCUAAAUGUGUAUCCUGCUUCGAAAGCUUAAUGGAAUAUAGCUUAUACUGAAUAUUAUUGAAUUUAUCUUAUACCUAAUACUCAUUUAUAUCAGCUAUUUACAAAUAAUUAUUAAAAAUGUACUUUGGACUAUUCAUUACUGUAUACAAAAUAUUGAUUUUCAUAUAAACACAAUAAACGAGCAGAUUUCUGCUUUUGCAAAUAUAGAUAAAAAUUCCAAAAUCUAUGAAGAGCAUGUAGAAGAACUUUCUAAAGGCAUUGAGUCUUUAUUAGUUGAUAAUGAAAAUCUAAAAAUCGUGAAUUCUAUAAACAGAUUUAUGGAAGAAAUUAUAAAAAUAACUGAAAAUAUAGCAAAGCACCCAUUUUCAGCAAUCAAAGAAUUUCUUGAUAAAUUUGAGCAAAAGCCAAUUCAAAUAAAUCAAAAUGUUUUUAAUGAAGAGCUCAAAAAGCACGAAAAUUUUAUUAAAUCAUGGGCUGAUGAUUUCAGCGAUUUUCCAUCGAGAAGUCAUUUUUGGUAUUGUAAAAAGGAAUUUUUGAAUAUUACUCUGGGAAUUCUAUGCAAGCACUUAAUGAUAUCAAUUUUACCCUUACUCCCUCCAGUAAAGCAAAUUCUUGCUUAUUUUGCCAGGGAUUUUGAGCAAAAUUUCAAAUAGUCAAUUUUAUAUGAAUAGAAAUUUGCUGUUUUCAAAUAAAACAUGAAUAAACAAAUUUUGGGCAUUUACCAAUAAUAAGUAACUUUCGAUCUAUUCAUACAAAAUUUACUAUUUGAAAUUUUACUCAAAAGCCCCCACGAAUAAGCAAGAAUUUGCUUAUACAGGGAGGGAGGUAAACUAA